GUAGAACCAAAGAGAGACAAAACGACAUUGUCUACACUUUCUUAAUUCUAACGGAGUUAAUCAACGUCGACAUUAUGCGAGAGGGAGAUGAGAAACAGAGCCGGGCUCUAGAUUUUAAUCGACUCGAGGUUUUGUCAUUACUAGGUCGUGGUGCUAAAGGAGUUGUGUUUCUUGUCCGCGACGACGACGCUAAAUUGCUUGCUUUGAAAGUUAUACUUAAGGAAGCUAUAGAGAAGAAGAAAAAGAAGGCAAGAGAAAGUGAAGUUGAUGAGUAUAAACGCGUGAGUUUCGAGCAAGGAGUAUUAAGCAGAUUCGACCAUCCUCUUUUUCCGUCUCUUCACGGAGUUUUAGCUACCGAUAAAGUCAUCGGUUAUGCCAUCGAUUAUUGUCCGGGACAGAAUCUUAAUUCUUUGAGGAAAAUGCAAUCGGAAAGUAUGUUUUCCGACGAGAUUAUCAGAUUUUAUGCGGCGGAGCUUGUACUAGCACUUGAUUAUUUGCAUAAUCAAGGAAUUGUGUACAGAGAUUUAAAGCCUGACAAUGUGAUGAUCCAAGAAAAUGGACAUUUAAUGCUUAUAGAUUUCGAUCUUUCUACAAAUCUUGCUCCAAGAACACCGCAACCGUCACCGUCACCGUCUAAACCGUCGCCGACGAUGAAGAGAAAGAAACGUCUCUUCCGCUUCUCCAGUUUUUGUAACUCAGGAAUCUCGCCGCAGGAAUCGAUCUCGAUUCACUCAUCAUCUACAUUGGCGGUGUCAGAUUCAUCUGGAGAAAAGUCGAAUUCUUUCGUUGGGACAGAGGAAUACGUAGCGCCGGAGGUUAUAACCGGAGACGGCCACGAUUUCGCCGUUGAUUGGUGGUCGUUAGGGGUUGUUCUAUACGAGAUGUUGUAUGGAACGACGCCGUUUAGAGGAUCGAACCGGAAAGAGACAUUUUACCGGAUUUUAUCUAAACCACCGAAUCUAACCGGUGAAACGACGUCGUUGAGGGAUUUGAUUAGAAGAUUGUUGGAGAAAGAUCCUAGCCGUAGGAUUAACGUUGAGGAAAUUAAAGGUCACGAUUUCUUCAAAGGAGUGGAUUGGGAAAAGGUGAUUUUGGUUUCUAGACCGCCGUAUAUUCCGGCGCCGGAGGACGGUGGUGAUAAGGGUAAAGAUGUGAUAAUAGUGGGGAAUGGGUUAAGGGGUUGAAUAAUAAUAAUCACGAUUUAGAAAG